GUGGGAGGAAUGACAUUCUGCUUCAUGGUUCUGCUUUAGGACAAACACGAGAUUGACAUGUUCAGUACAGUGAAUAGAUAGUGCUAAGAUAUCAAGCUGUAGUGUAUUGUAUGAUAGUAAUAAAUAAUAAAAAUGACUGCUCUGACGGGUAGGUUUAUUAGACUUGCUGAUGGUCUUUUAAGAGGAACACCAGUAUUUGUUUUCAGAUCUGGAGCAGCGCUGCAGAGCGGAGCUCCUGUCAUUCAGUGUGUGAGGACGCAUCGGUCGAACACAUGGUGGGAUGAGCACCUGACGGAGGAUAAUGCUUCCUUUCUGAAGAAGUUGACUGCAGAGGAAUAUGAUCAAAUGACCAAGGACAGACUAAACCCCCUUAAGGAUGAGCCCUGGCCCAGGCAUGAGUGGGUGGAAGGGAGUCGGAGAGUUGGUCUUGUGGCCAUUAAACUUGGAAUGAUGCCUGUGUGGAGCAAAUCUGGAGAGAGACAUGUUGUUACAAUGCUGCAGGUAAAGGACUGUCAUGUAGUCAAACAUCUGUCCAAGGAAGAUUAUAAUGGCCGCACAUCAGCUCUAGUCGUUGGUGGAAAAAAUGUCUCUCCAUUUCACAGGCCAGAGGGAUAUUUGGAGAUUUUCCAGAAUGCAGGAAUUCCACCCAAACAGAAACUCACCACCUUUUGUGUUACAGACAACGCUAUUAUCAAACCAGGCACUCCUCUUUACGCAGCUCACUUCCGUCCAGGACAAUAUGUGGAUGUCACGGCCAAAACAAUUGGCAAGGGUUUUCAGGGAGUGAUGAAGCGUUGGGGGUUCAAAGGUCAGCCUGCCUCCCAUGGACAAACUAAAACACACAGAAGGCCAGGUGCUCUAGGCCCGGGAGGGGAUCCAGCGAAAGUUUUCAAAGGAACAAAGAUGCCAGGGAGGAUGGGAAACGUUUACAACACCAAUUUUGGCUUAAAGAUAUGGAGGGUGAACACAAAGUAUAACAUCCUGUAUGUCAAUGGUUCUGUACCAGGGCACCGCAACUGUCUUGUCAAGGUCAGGGACACAGUUCUGCCGACUCGUUUGGAGAAGAACAAGAACCUGCCGUUCCCCACAUUCUUCGCUGAUGGAGACGAAGAGCUCCCUGAAGACCUCUACGAUGAGGACAUGUUCCAGUUUGGGGAGCCCGAGUCUUAAUGAGGUUCUGACCCCUCAAGUUUUCUUGCUUACGCUGUUUAAAAGAGGCAGGGCAUGAAGGGAUCUUUGAUAGGGCUCUUUCAUCUGGAAUAAUCAACAUUGCUUGGCUGAAAGACUUUUAAGCAAGUGAUUUUGUCACACAAAUAUGUACACACAAAUAUGUGAGAUCAUGUUAAAGUGACAACUGUGUAUUUAAACAAUUAAACUGGUUUGAUAUAA